AUGUCUUCUCAAACCACACCAAGUCCAACAAUUGCCAAGAAACAGUAUCAUGGGACCAACUCUCCAUGGGAAGCAAAGAUCGGCUACUACCGCGCCAUCCGACGAGGCCCCUUCAUCUUCGUCUCUGGCACCACAGCUGUCGAUCUAUCCUCCGAUACGACCAGCCCAAAAGUCCUCCAUCCUGGCGACGCAAAAGCCCAAGCCCUCAUCUCGUUCAAGGAGAUCAUCAAAGCCAUACAAGCACUUGGAGCUCGAGGGGCAGAAGAUAUCGUUCGCACAAAAAUGUUCGUACAAAGACAAGAAGAUUGCGCAGCUGUAGCAAAAGCAUUCACCGAAGUCUUGGGAAAGCAGAAUGGGAAUGGAGUUGGAUGUGCUGCUACCAUGAUUGUUGUUGGUGGAUUUGUGGAUCCUGAUAUGCUUGUUGAGAUUGAGUGUGAUGCUAUGGUCGAUGGGAUUGAGUAA